AUGGAAGUGAGAGUUGCAGGGUUCGGACUUUACAAGGGCAGUGUCUGCAAAUUCUGUGUUGCUCUCCUUAUUUGCUGUAAGAUAGACGUUGCGCUGAAGACGUUUCUUCCCGAGUCUGUAGAGAACCCUGAAGAGUUCUUCAAGGAAGCGGUGAUCAUGCAAGGAUUGGACCACCCGUGUAUCACCAAACUGAUCGGCGUGUGUCAUGAUGAAAAAAUCAUGCUGGUGCUGGAGUUCAUAUCGAUGGGCUCGAUGAAGAACUAUCUGCUCGACUACCCGAAUGACAUCUCACAGAACGACCUCUACCUGUGGGCCGCACAGAUUGCCAGCGGAAUGGACUACCUCGUGCAGAAACGCCUUGUUCAUCGUGACCUGGCCGCAAGGAACAUACUGCUCAAGUCAAAACAGCAGGUGAAAAUUAGUGACUUUGGUUUAUCACGAGCUCUUGGAGCUGAUAGUGAUUACUACAAAGCAGCCCAUGGAGGUCAAUGGCCCAUUAGGUGGUACUCACCAGAAAGUUGCAACUACAGAAAAUUCUCCCAUGCUAGCGAUGUCUGGAGUUACGGAGUCACUCUGUGGGAAAUGUUUUCUCGCGGCGAGUAUCCAUUUGAAAAUUUUGCCAAUGGAACCGAGGUAAUCAAGUUCAUUGGAAAAGGAAACCGUUUGUCGAAACCGGAGAAGUGUACUGACCAGGUGUAUCAGAAGAUGUUGGAAUGCUGGUCAUAUGAAUCCAAAUACCGACCGACAUUCAAGGAUUUGAAUGCCUUUUUUAAAGAUCUAUGAUUUGUGUCAAACACUGAAAGAUAAUCAUUGUAAAGUCCAGAGUGAGAAUACAGAUAUUCUUUAAACCAAGGGUUGUGGUUUCCCCCACUUCCCCCUCCACCCAAAUGCUGUACCAUAAGAUUAUAUUUUUCUCUUAUAAUGCUAAAAGCACAAAACGAACCCCACCGCAGUAACCUUUCAGCAAAACAUUCACUUAGGGCAACACACCACCAUGUGUCGUGUCGUUACAGUAGCAGCUUAACAUUGUUCGCUUUCGGAAAUAGUUCCUCAUGAAAAAAAAAAACCUACACAAUUCUGAUAUGCUUUUUGGAAUCUUUCUUUGAUGAUUACACGUAGGAUGACCUCUGUAGCAUUUGAAAUAACUUGUUAUAUGUAGCACUAACUGAUAACAACUGUGAAAGUGGUAUGAUGUCCCCUUGUAUAACAGCAGCAUGAGGCGGUCGGGCACAGGGGCCAUUAAUUGAAAAAUAGUGUGGUCGACCUACAUGUAUGUUACUUUUGUACACAGUACUUGUCAGUUGAGAGGACUCCCUAAAAUUAGUAGUCACAGGAUCCUCUCGACAGUCCUAUAUUUUUUACUGAAUAUAUUCUGACAUAUAAAUUGUAUUAAACUGCACGGAGCAAUUAAUGGUGGUGUGUAACCUUAAGCAUUUAACAGUAUUUCAAGUGUUCUUCUGAAUUUUUUAAGUUGUACUGAAUGAAUGUUUUAAAUAUGCUAAUUGUGUAUUACAUUUUAACAUUUCACUAAAAUAAAUGGAAUAUUUGCACAAA